AUGCCGCCACAUUGUGUGGAAUCAACCAGUACAAGACAAACGCAUGCAGGGAAACGUAAUCAGAAGUAUGGGGUACCUCAUGAGGGCAGCUGUAAAGUAAUUUGUUAUAUGGAGCCUAAUUGUGUGUCCAUAAAUGUUCGACCUGCUACUCAAGGAGGAAACUUCAUUUGUGAGUUAAACAAUGCUACGGGAGGAAAUAAAAGAUCUGCCCUACAAAGUAAAGAGGGUCAUAUCUACGUUGCCAGUGAGGUACUUCGAACUGAUUUCAUAUGACCAAAAAUAUUCUUUUAGGCGAUCCUUUUAGCAGUGUCGUAACGAGAGCGUAGACAAGAAGUUAAGAAAGCUUAUAUGGUCAUUUCUUCGGAAUAGUCAAUCACUGAUCUUUCAGGCGAUUCAACUGUCUAUCUAUUAGACGAUCAGUUAGUUGCAUAUUAGAGGAUCGAUUGCUUGCAAGUAAAAUGGUCUAGAUAUAAUGCACUUUUAUAGUAGCUUUAAGAUAAAGCAAUGGACGAAUAUGUGAGCUUCGCAAAACUAUUUAUAAGACGGAAUUUCUUUUGUUUCUAACAGAAUCUCUGCAGCAGCAGUUCCUGUUACAACAAUGGCACUUGUCAAGCUGGAUACACCGAUAAAGGAUUUCGUUGUAAAUGUCCUUCAGGGUUCACCGGCGCAUACUGCAAUAAAAGUAAUUGAAAACAAAUUUAUGGAAUCGAGAUUUACGACAUCGAAUGAUAGUCGUAGAGUAUUCCGCGGGAUACACACUUCCUCUUUUUUCUUUCUCACUAGCUUGCAGCCUUGACUUUGAAGAUGGAAUUGGUGGAUGGGGAAUGACAGGCACAGCUUUCAUUUACCAACCGACAUUUGGUGACAAUCCAGCAGCACGCAACAGAGAAAGCGCCCAGCAGCAAGGGGACUGGUGGGUAGGGGGAGCUGAGAAACGACCCAGCGAGAGCGAUCCUGCGGGAAGGCAUCACCCAGCUGAUGCCGAUCCACCCCAGGGAACUCUCAUUUCUCCUUGUUUCCGUAUUGUUGGCAAGAAUAUCUCGUUUCUCAUCGGUGGAGGAUGUACCAUAAGUGAUAUUCGUGCGGAGCUUAUUGUCGACAACCAGGUGAGAUUACUUACUUUGACCAUCAUGUUUCAUUCGAUUCUUUUGAAACAGCCUGGGUAGAUUUUUUAAAUAAUCAGAGAUUUGGUCUUUCAAAACUGCGAAACCAUUUUGAGCUUCGUGAUAUCCAUGAGAUUUGUUUAGGUUUGGAAGAAACUAUUUACAAGGAAAAAAUAUAUGUUAAAAAAUGAAAAGCCAAACGUUUUCGACAUUAGAUCAUCAUCAGGAUAAAUGAUGGUUUCCCUGAAAAUAGCUCAUUUUGAGUUUCCAUAAAGAGAGGUUCCAAGAGGGAACCGAGCUCGCGUUUGGCGCACAUUGAACAUUGCAAUCAGCACAUUCAAUACGGUAAAGUCUUGAUUUCAGUAGAAAGAGGUUGCUCUUUAUUUGAAUUGAUGUAUGAUGCAGUCAUGAUAGAUAUGUCAGUAUUGAUCGAAACAAAGGUUCAAAACUGUUUGCUAUGUUUGUUGUUACAUGCAGGUUGUCAGAAUAGAAACAGGGAACUGUAAAGAGACAAUGUAUCGUAAGAGCUGGGACGUAAAAGAAUUCAUUGGUCAAUACGCCCAAGUCAGACUAGUCGAUGAGAGGAAUUGUUGUUGGGGUCACAUCAACUUUGAUGACCUUAGAGGAGAUAUCAUUUGUCCUCACUACUAA